UAGCAUAGGGUGUCUGAGGAGGAAAAUCUACAGCUGAGGGGUGAAACUAUGGCCCGAUUAUUUUUUAGCAGAGCACCAGCUUGGUGGGUUUUUUUCUAACGGGAUCACAUCUGAAGUCACUUACUGUUUACUGUUGAGAGGCCACUGUUAAACUGCUGCACUGGACCUCCUGAGGAAAACUCAGGGCCGGAGGAGAGGCACCAGAAGGAGACGCGCCUCUGCCAGGUCCAGCAGGAAGCUUGAGCACCGGCUCCGAGGGGUGAUGAGGACGGCACGGCGCGCCAGCAAUGUGGAGGUGCCCUCCUUCCUCCGGCAAAUGGUCAGGGAGACGGAGAAGAUGGUCACCUUCUUCUUCAAAGGAGGAUCCAGGGAGUCGUCACCGGGAGAGGAGGACGGUUCGGACGACGAUGACUCAAUGCCGAGCCCGUACCUGGACCGCCCCAUCUUGGAGAAGCAUGUGUCGGAGGGGGGGUCAGACCUGGGGGUAAACUACGCCGUGGCGAGCAUGCAGGGCUGGAGGGCUCAGAUGGAGGACGCCCACGCCUGCAUGCCCCAGCUAAGGGGGGAGCUGGCGGACUGGGCAUACUACGCUGUUUUCGACGGACAUGCGGGAACCACAGUCGCUCAAUACUGCUCCAGAAAUCUGCUGGAUCACAUCCUGGCCACAGGUGGGAUCAAAUCAGAUGAGGACCCCGAGCAGGUGAAAGAGGGGAUCCGUGAAGGCUUCCUCGAUAUUGAUCGUCACAUGCACAAACUGGCUCGCCGGGAGUGCUGGGACAGGAGCGGCUCCACCGCAGCGGCCGUCAUGAUCUCCUCUCGCUACAUCUACUUCAUCAACUGCGGAGACUCGCGCACCCUGCUCUGCCACGACGGCCAGGUGGUCUUCUACACCGAGGACCACAAGCCGUUCAACCCCAGGGAGAAGGAGCGCAUUCAGAACGCCGGAGGCUCGGUGACCCUCCAGAGGGUGAACGGCUCGCUGGCGGUCUCCAGAGCUCUGGGGGACUUUGACUUCAAGGAGGUGGACUGGAGGCCGCAGACAGAGCAGCUGGUGUCGCCGGAGCCGGAAGUGUACGAGCUGGAGAGAACGCCCGAAGACGAGUUCCUCAUUCUGGCGUGCGACGGCGUGUGGGACGCCAUCGGGAACGAGGAACUGUGCGCCUUUGUGCGCAGCCGUCUGCAGGUGUGCGACGACCUGAGGGAGAUCUGUGCCCAAGUGAUCGACCUCUGUCUGUAUAAGGGAAGCCUGGAUAACAUCAGCAUCAUCAUCGUGUGCUUCCCUGGCGCCCCCCAGGUGUCACAGGAGGCACUGCAGCAAGAGGCAGAGCUGGAGCAGCACAUAGACAUGAAAGUGGAAGAGAUCCUCCAGAUGAUGAGGUCCAGAGACGAGGACCCUGACCUGCUGUAUGUGAUCAAAUUCUUAGCGGCGGAGGAGAUUCCAGGGCUCCCACCGGGAGGAGGCAUCACCAGCAAACGAGAUUGUAUCAUCUCUGCAUAUCAGAAACACAUCACAGCCGUGAGGACUCAGGAGCCAAUGGACAUCGAAGGAUCAGAGGAGGAUUCAAACUAACACUGUUACCAUGAAAAGGGAUCAACACCAGCGUCACCAUUUCCUCUGAUAACGAGAUGCCUGAAGGACAAACUUCACGUUUCAGAUGAACAUCAUCAUUCACAUAAUCUAUUCUCUAUAUGAAUAUGGCCACAUACUGGCUUUCGGGUCAAU